AUGGUCUCCCUCCACUCCCUGAGUGAGCAAGAACGUACCGACCUCCUCACCUUGGGUCUCUAUUCCAUUGCCUACAACCCGGGCACGGCUGCCCCACGAAGCCUGAAGCUGCGUCCCAACGCCCCACGUGACUUUCGAUCUGAAGUCAACGAGGUCUCCUACAGCAUCCAUCCCGAGCACCACGAGUACCAAGCACCCGAGGAAUCCUCCAUUGAGCUGCUGCAGAACGAGACCGACGGCCGUGUCCGCACCCACAAAGACCUACGCCUGGGCUGGAAGAACUUCUUGCUCUACCUCGGCCGACUGGCCAGUGGUGCACAGCCCUGCCCAUGCCAGGCCUCAAAGCCAAAAGCCCCCUGUGGCUGUGGAACAGUUCAACUGUCCCAAGAGCUGCGUACGACUUUUUUGUGCCUUCCUGAGUGGAAAAUCAUUCGUGAAUUUUCCAACGCCAAAGACAUCAAGCUCCAUCUGCGAGGCGUUCUCGACAUCUCCGAUCGCUUCACAGCUGAUAAGGACAAGAUCGGGAUCUUCAACGACACCAUCAAAUUCAUCAACGCCCUCUGGGAGCAGCUCGGCCUGCGCUUGGUGCCUAACGGCCUGCAAUUUUCCCUUGAGCGGACGGGUUCGUCGGGUCUUUGGACCAAGGUGCCCAACCCACCUCGCAAUACUUCCACAAAAGCCAAGUCCAAGGCCACAAAGCGCAACGCAAAGGCAAUGACAAGCAACGCCCAGACUAACAAGUCGACCACGGCCUCGCGGCGCAAACGUAUCCAAGCCCUCCAGCAGCAAGCUCAAGAAGCCUUGUCGGAAUACGCCAAGUCUGCCACCGCCGUGGCUCAGUCGCCUGACUCAAGUCAUCUUUCCUUGAGCUCCCUUCCAUUGAGCCCCCUUUCCACGAGCUCCCUUCUUACGCCUGCGGCGAUGAACAGCGAGCCAGACAACGAAUAUUGGCGUUGUUUCCUAGAUGGUGGCCCACAGGACGAAAUGGGCCUCCAAACUCAUGUCACCUCGGAAUCAGAGCCUGGCCAGCCGCCUGCCCAUCUAUUUCUGUCAAUGGGCAUGGAUACGGCGAGUGACCAAACCAGCACUAGCUUACAAGCACCUUUUGUCUGGCAAUCCUCUGACGACUUCGGGGGCAUCACUGAUGAUCUCCUCAACGAGGCCUUCCGCAUCCAGGACGAAUUGCCUUUGGAUUCCUUUUUCACAUCUGCUUAACUUUCAAACAGCGUGGACAGAUGUUUCUCAUACCUUGCUGUCAUCGCUGCAUGCACGAGCAUGCGGCCAGGUUUAGGAAGAUUGUUACUUGUUGUAAUCGUUUUUCGUGGAAUGUGCUUGUUUUUUGUUUUCCCUUCUUCAUUUUGAUCCCAGGACUUGGUGUCGAUGAUUGCUGCGCUCUUGACCAGCACUAUAGAGAGUUUUUCAGUCGCACUUGUAGUCUACUUCCCCAUUUGCAUGCUGCACCAAAUGUUCGGCCCCUGUCGAACUGCGUUUGUUUGUUCUUUUCAUUUUUUUAAUCUUUUGAUUUUACUCGAGAUGAGUCCUCUGUUGUCUUUGCGAUUAUGCGUGAUCAUGAUGAGUUUGCAUGCGGUGGACCUGUGGUCCACGCAAGCUUUUUCCGUUCAUUCGUCCGGCCGUGUCGGUAAUUGAGCAUUCGCCACU